AUGGGCCGUGAGAAUUUGCGCCAGAAAGCGCGACGUCACGCGCAUGUGCGCAUACGUAACGGUUUGGACGUCGACCGCCGACAGCCGACAGACGACGAGAUUCAGGACCUGCUGGAGGGGAUCAGCCGCAACGCGGUGCCCAAGUUCGGGCUCGUCAAGCUCAGCGCCAUGCGACUCGACGACGGCGUCGAGCCCCCCGCGUGGUUUGAACGGAUCAUCCGCUGGCCAAAGGGCGAGCUCAUACCGAUGGUCCACCUCGCGGCGCUGCGAAGGAGGGAUGCCAUCCUUGUCCAGCUCCUUCGCGCCGGGGCCGCGCCGUUUACGCGACUCGGCGGCGACGAGAUCGGGGACCACGACGAGGAAGAGACGCUGUCGCGCAGGGCGAGGACGUUCCUCGCCGGUCUGCGCACCCCACACGCCACGUGGCUCGUCGUGGUCGCCGCGCACAUGCGCCUGCGCGCGGUGGCGGCGUCGCAGGCUGUCUGUCGCAACGAUCGCGAACCAGACCCCGCGGAUGUGUGCAACCGGUGCGGCCAGACGGGACACUGGGCUAAGGACUGCGAACGACCGAAGAACGCGAACGCGCCCCUGCGCGAGUCCCGCACCGAACCCAACGCGUCGGACGUGUGCAACGGAUGCGGCGGCACCGGGCACUGGUUCAGGGAUUGCCCCGCCGCCGCCGAGCGCGUCAAGGGGGAGGAAACGUCGAAGGAACAAAGUCGAUGCUCGGCGUGCGGGAUAGACGAGCCGAGUCGACCGAUGACGUUCGGCGCGUGCGGCCACGUGGCGUGCGAGCCGUGCGCGUGGCGUCACCUGCUCGACAGGUACGGGCGACGCGGCGACGGUUCAUCUUCCGGCGACGGUUCGGCGAAAGACGAGGACGGGGACCGGGCGGUGACUCACCGGGGGGAGGGUAUACCGGCGGAUGCGGAGUGGACGUGUCCCGGGUGCGCCGAGCUCGAAGUAUUCGACGAGCGCGACGACGACGACGACGACUUGACGCGGUUGUACGCGGCGGCGCCGGGGACGAUCGCGGCGGAGUCCAAAAGGCGUUGGCUCGAGCUCUCCCCGGUGGUGAAGCGGCUGAGAGGCGGCGGGGAUCCGAAAAACGGAAAGUCGUCCAAGAGGUUUGUCGGUUUGGGUCCCAGGGCGUGCGCGCGGCUGCGGCUUGGCACCUCUCGGCCGAAGCGCACCGAGGCUCUCAUCGCCGCGGCUCAGCAAGGGGACGCGCGACGGAUCCGCGCCAUCGUCGCCGCCGGGUGCGACGUGAACUGCUCCGACGAGUACGGUCUCACGCCGCUGAUGUGGGCCGGGUGGAGGGGCAAGGCGAUCGCCGCAGACGCGUUGCUUAGAUCCGGGGCGGAUCCCGCGAGGACCGCGAGGGGCGGCGGCGGGGUGACCGCGUCGGUGGCUGCGUCCGCCGCGGGGCACGUUCGACUCACGGCGACGCUUCGGGUCGCCGAGGACGACGCGGGGACGUCCAUCGCGAGUCUCACCGUCGAUUGGGAUUCCGACGAGGCGGACAAGUCGGAGUCGCGAGCCGUUUUUCCGGUUAAGACGCUCGUGGACCCGGCGAUGGAUCACCCGGGCGCCAACCACUCGUUCAUCGUCGACGGCGCCGUCCCGGAGCACGUGUUGACGAGGCUCGAGCGCACGUGGGAGGCGUCGACGCGGGAGGCUGCCGCGGCGGUCGACGCGGCGCUGAGCGAGGAGAGCGACGAGGUCGUCGAGCGAAUCCGAUCGCCAACCGACGAUUGUUCCGCCGCCGACGCCGCGUCCGCGGAGGCGGCCAGGGCGAAGGCCAUCGCCGAGGCGACCGACGCGCGGUCGAUGGAACGUAAGAGGUCGGACACGUGCGCGACGCGCGCGCACUUCUGCGACGUCCGGGGCUGGGCGCGCGCGGCGGUGUUGAAAGCCGCGAGGGCUUCCGGCAUGCCAGCGCGGGGCGUGCAUCCGCAGUUUCGAAUCUUGCACUAUCCCAACCCGGGGGGCGUCAUGGCGCCGCACGUGGACCUGAGCAAGGCGCUGGACCCCGUCGACUCGACGUGGAGCGGCGAGGGUGCCGAGGUCGCGGGUUCGAAACCGGCGCUGGCCACGACGCACACGUUCUUGCUGUACCUGCGAACGUGCGACGCCGGCGGCGAGACGGCGCUGCUCCGCGAGGUCAAGUCGGCGGCGGGCGUCGAAGGCGCGGUGGGCGCUCAGUCGCUCGCGGAGGUGAAGCCGCUCAGGGGGCGGUUGCUGGUGUUCCCGCACGAGUGUCCGCACGCGGGCAGGCCGGUGGUUGACACGAACAAGCUGGUGCUCAGGGGAGAACUUUGGUAA